AUGAUGACAACCAGCGCUGAUCAUAUAAAUUCAGGUUUUUUAGAAGUCCAGUUGAAAACCUCAUGUAAAGUUGAUAUCACAUUAUUUCCAUUUGAUUAUCAAAAUUGUGAAAUACAAUUUGGUUCAUGGAUCUACCAAUCUGAUUGGAUUGAAUAUCAAUUUGAAAGUCAAUCGUUACAUGAGAAUUUAACAACAUCAUAUAGAAUGAAUCAUUCUGAUGAAGAAUUCGACAGUGAUAAAGUCAAUAAUAAUAAUAAUAACAAUCAUGGGAUGGUAUUAUCGAUGAAGAUUAUCUGA